AUGCCUUCCAAAUCACCAGCUCAGACGCUGCUAGAGAAGGCCGACAAGAAAGCCAACUCGUCAAGCGGCUGGUUUAGCUCCUCGAACACCAAGUUCGAGGAGGCGGGCGACCUCUAUCAGCAGGCCGCGAACGCGUUCAAGAUCGACAAGCUCUUCCGGGAGGCAGGGGAUGCUCACGCGAGGGAGGCGGAGUGCAGAGAGAAAUGUUCCGAGACCAACGAGGCCGCAAACGCGUGGUGGAACGCUGCCAAGGCGUACAAGAGGGGGCACCCAGACCUCGCUAUCCAGGCCUUGACACAAACGAUCACACAUCUCUGCAAGAGUGGUCGCUUCCGUCAAGCGGCAGAUCGCGAGAAGGAAAUAGGUCAGAUAUACCUCACGGAGAUCAAUGAUCUACGGAAAGCCUGCGAGAGCUUCGAGCGUGCCGGCGAAUGGUACUCUCAGGAGGAUGCUACUGCGACUGCAAAUGCUUGCUACAAGGAUGCUGCUGAUUUGCAUGCCGAGCUGGAGAAUUAUCCACAGGCCAUCGCGCGCUACGAGCAAGUAGCGAAUGCAUCGCUUGGUUCUGCCCUCACGAAAUACAGCGUGAAGGAGUACUGGCUACGAGCUAGCCUGUGCGCAUUGGCUAUGGGGGAUACCGUCACAGCCAAGCGCAACUUGUCGAAGUACUCGUCCCUGGACACGACGUUCUCUUCAACGCGCGAAGCCAAGUUCGUCAAUGUGCUCGUUGACGCAAUCGAGGCCGGCGAUGCGGAGACGUUCACCGCCGCCGUGUUUGAGUACGACCAGGUCACGAAACUCGACAACUGGAAGACGAACAUACUGUUGAAGAUCAAGAGGGGCAUCCAGGAGGAGCCCGGUCUUACAUAG